AUGUCAUAUGAAACGCGGUACAUAUUUUCUGCAUUACCACGUACUCAACGAGGAGCACCAUUAGUACUUGGUGGUGAUCCAAAAGGAAACAAUUUUUUAUAUACUAAUGGAAACAGUGUUAUUAUAAGAAACAUCAAUAAUCCAGCAAUAGCUGAUACUUAUACCGAACAUUCAUGUGCAGUUAAUGUGGCUAAAUAUUCACCUAGUGGAUUUUACAUUGCAUCUGGAGAUCAAUCGGGUAAAAUAAGAAUUUGGGAUACAGUAAAUAAAGAACAUAUCUUAAAAAAUGAAUUUCAUCCAAUUGGUGGACCAAUUAAAGAUAUUGCGUGGUCACCCGACAGCCAGAGAAUGGUAGUUGUUGGCGAGGGUCGUGAAAGAUUCGGUCAUGUAUUUAUGGCUGAUACUGGAACUUCGGUAGGAGAAAUAUCUGGCCAAAGUAAACCAAUAAAUUCAUGCGACUUUAAACCCAGUAGACCAUUCAGAUUAAUAACUGGCAGUGAAGACAAUACGAUCGCAAUAUUUGAAGGGCCUCCAUUUAAAUUUAAAAUGACAAAACAAGAUCACUCGAGAUUCGUUCAAGCUGUGCGUUAUUCACCAUCUGGUAAUUUAUUUGCGUCUGCUGGUUUUGAUGGCAAAGUUUAUAUUUAUGAUGGCAAUACAUCAGAUCUUGUUGGUGAAGUCGGUUCACCAGCACAUCAAGGCGGUGUUUAUGGACUUGCAUGGAAACCAGAUGGAACCCAAUUAUUAACAGCAUCAGGUGAUAAGACAUGUAAAUUAUGGGACGUUGAAACCCGUGGAUUGAUAACGGAAUUCAACAUGGGGUCAACAGUUGAUGAUCAACAAGUCAGUUGUCUAUGGCAGGGUGAUCAUUUAUUAUCGGUAUCGCUGAGUGGUUUUAUAAAUUAUUUAGAUGUCAAUGAUCCAUCAAAACCACUGAGGAUAAUUAAAGGUCAUAAUAAACCAAUUACCGUCUUAACACUGAGUCCAGACCGUGAAACAAUUUACACCGGUUCUCAUGAUGGUUAUAUUACUAAUUGGAAUGCUAAAACCGGUGAAAAUAAUCGUGUAUUAGGUCAAGGUCAUGGUAAUCAAAUAAAUGGAAUGAAAGCUGCUGGUAAUUUACUUUAUACUGCUGGUAUUGAUGACACAAUACGUGCUGUUGAUAUUGCGACUAAUACUUACUGUGAGUCGUUGACAAUUAAACUUGAUUCGCAACCACGUGGACUUGAUAUUUAUAAUGAUAUUGUCAUAACUGCAUCACUUAGACAGAUAAAUUUAACACAAGAUGGAAGGAAAGUUUCAAAACUACCAAUUGAUUAUGAGGCAUCUUGUGUUGGUGUUAAUCCGAGCAAUGGUGAUGUAGCUGUUGGUUCAUCAUCGGACAAUAAAGUUUAUAUUUAUAAUCAAUCGGGUACCUCAUUGACAUUUAAGACUGAAUUAGAACAUCUUGGACCUGUGACUGAUGUUGCUUACAGUCCUGAUAAUAAAUAUCUUGUUGCUUGUGAUGCCAAUAGAAAAGUUAUUCUCUAUGUUCUUCCUGAGUAUAAGCUUGCUCAUAACCGAGAAUGGGGUUUCCAUAAUGCACGUGUUAACACCGUUGCAUGGAAUACCGACUCAACCAUGGUUGCAAGUGGUAGUUUGGAUACCACAAUUAUUAUCUGGAGCGUUACAAAUCCUGCUAAACAUACAAUUAUUAAAAAUGCUCAUCCUCAGAGUCAAAUUACACGGCUCGUGUGGCUUGACGAAGAAAACUUAAUUUCCGUUGGCCAAGACUGCAAUACUAAAAUAUGGCGUGUGGAAAAAAUUUGAAUAUUACGUUAAUAAAUUAUGAAACUUUUUUUUUUAAUUUUAUAUAUUAUAACUAUAAUUAAUAUUAUUAUUAUUAUCAUUAUUACUUCUAUAUAUGAAUUUAUUUAAUGAAGCUUUUGAGUGAAUGAUUUUUUUUUCAA